ACACUAAACUGAGAAAGACAGAAAGAUAGUGACGGCAUGGCGCAGUACGGUGUGAGCCAGAAUCCUGCACAAAAGGACAGAUGGAUUUGUAUCUACCCAGCAUACAUCAACAGUAAAAAGACACUCCCAGAAGGAAGGAAAAUUCCCAAGAGCAAAGCAGUUGACAAUCCUACAGCCAAUGAAAUCAGAGAUAUAUGCAAUGCUGCUGGCUUACAAGUUGCUUUGGAGGCUGGAAAGUGUUACCCACGAGACCAAAACAGAGACCCAUUGUAUCGGGGAAGGGUCAGAGUUCAAUUGAAGAAUGAAAACAGUACACCAGUAAAAGAGGAAUUUCCAAGCAGAAAAGCACUGCUAUUGUAUGUCAGCGAGAUGAUCCCCAAACUGAAGACGAGACAACAGAAGCAAGGGGGUGGGGGUGAGUCAGCAUCAGCUGGCGGCCAAGACAAAGGAAAGAAAAAGAAGAACAAGAAGAGAUGACGAUGCCUCAGCCUAUAUAUCAGGUUUUCUCUUGGAAGUCUGUCACUUUUGCCGAAUGAACUUUUGGGUUCAUGUCUUGAAUUCCAUCUCGUAUCACCAUUUACAAAUCAUGCCCAGAGUUUUCAGGAGACCACUUGUUAGUUGGCUUCUAAUGUGUGAAUAUGUACAGGUGUUGUUUCACACCAACAUGCCCUGAUGAAUUCCGACUUUUAAAUUGCAUCCGAGAUAUCCCAAGGGGCACCUUAACAUACACUUCACAUAUUGAUAACUAAGCAGGAUAAGUUGCCAUGUCAGUGCUAACAAGUUUUUAUUGAAAAAUUGCACUGAAAAUGUCCUUAUUGAGAUAUAUUGCUUUAAAUGGGUAUUUGGACAAGAAAAUUGUUUGAAAUUAGCCCCAAAAAUAGUUUUAUAAAAAGUUGCCUGUUUCAAUAAAAUAUUUCCUUCAUGCUCAGAGAAAGGCCCUACAAAUAUUUUCAAAAAUCACUUUUUUGCUGUGAUGAGCUAUCAGGACUGAGCCAAGGAUUUGCACUUGUCCAUCAAUAUUGUUGAGGAUAAGCAAGGCAGGGAAUCUGGUAUUUGACGCAAUCUGGUAUUUGACGCAAUCUGUGAAACCAAGGUCACGACUAUAGCAAUAAUGGAAAUUUUGGAGAUCAAAGAAAAUGCUGUUAGUCAAAAGGCUGCCAGAUCUAACAAAAUCCAAAAAGUCUUUUUUUUUUAAUGGUGAACAGAAGACCAGUUUGUCUGUUUUUUGUUAUUUAUCAAUGGUAAACCUGUGAAGAGUCUUUUUUUUUUAGUGGUGAACAGAAGACCAGUUUGUCUGUUAUUUGUUAUUUAUCAAUGGUAAACCUGUGAAGAAUUGGCUGGCAUUAAACAUUACUUUUAGUAGGUUUCUUGGCAUUUUCGGUGAGUUAAGAAAGCCUGAAAGGGAUUUUCAAGUAACCUAUUUCAUUGCAAACUGAUUGCUACUCUUAACAAUUGACAAGAUAUUGUUGAGAUAACUUCAGGCUUGUGCAUACAUUAUGCCUAUAUUGAAGAAAUGCUUUUUCACAUUCUUCCCGGUUGAAGGAGCAUAAAUUGUGUGCAUUUAACCUGUGUAUGAGCAUAGUGCAUGUUCCUUCCACCAUGAUUAGAAGCUACUACUAAUUGCUUCCUGUUGUGGCUACUGGGUAGUCAGUAAACUGGUAUUUAGGAAGCUAGGACAAAAUAUUUAAUAUGUUCUCCAUGCAUGGGUACCACACCUCAGCAGCAACAGAGACUGAGGCUGUAUUGACACUUGGAUGCUGUCACCACCAUGGGCAGGUGUGCAAAGACCUAAUGGGCUUGAAUAUUUCUAGAUGAAAAUUGGACCUCCAAAAAUUAAUUUGUUGCUCUCAGAUGACUGACCCAAAAAUGUGGAAUUCUCCCUUCAGCUUUUUUUUUUUUUUUGAAAUGCCAGUUAUUCUGCAUUUCGUUACAAGAAAGUUAAUUUUAUCGUAUACAUG